AUGGAGAACGACACUUCUCCGAUUGAGGGAAAGGAAUGGGUGUCCACCUUAGUGUGGGAUUGGAUCGAGAUCUUGCGGCUGAUUUUCGCCAUCACUGGGAUCAUUGGCAACACUCUGGUGAUUGUGGUCUACGUCCACCGCCGCCGUAUGCGGAACACGACCAACGCCUUCAUAGUGAAUUUAGCCGUGGCAGAUUUGAUAACUUCAAUCUUUAUCAUCCCAAUUCCCGUUCUCUCCAACAUCCCAAUGUCCCCGGUCGGCCGGUUGUACUGCAAGAUGAUCUUCAACUUGGUGUUCAUGUGGAUUUCCAUCGUAGCUUCACUGCUCACGCUCACCUGGGUCUCCCUGGAGCGGUAUUUCGCCGUGGUCUACCCCAUGCGCUACCGGGUGAUUUUCUCCAAGUGGCGGCCCCGUGCCAUCAUGGCGUGCACGUGGCUGAGUUCAGUGGUCAUCAAUACCUUCAAUCUCUACAUAGUGGAUCUGAACGAGACGGGCAAAUGCCAGAACCACUGGCCGAGUUUAGGCUUCCGGUACCUCAUCGCCACCUCGGUGUUUUUCCUUGAGUACUUCAUACCGAUGGUCAUCAUGUUGGUGGCCAACAUCAUCACCGUACGGACCUUGAAGUCCCAGGCGCGAGCUUUGCUUCAGCGGGACCAGUCGCGCUUCAGCCCGGCCUACUCUCUCCUCGAAGCCCGCCGGAGGGUAAUCGAGACGCUCUUCAUCGUGAUCAUCACCUUCAUCGUCUGUUGGACUCCUGACCAGAUCGGCUUCUACAUCUACCACUUUGGAGGCGUUCCGGACACCUACUUAGGCGAACCGCUCUACCGGUUCAUGGUGCUCCUAGCCUUCGCCAAUUCCUGCGCUAAUCCCAUCAUCUAUGCCUUUAAGAACAAGCAUUUCAGGCAUGGAUUCAUGAACAUGGUGCGGAGGAAAGGAAACAGGGUCGGAAGCAACGCCGAUUCCUUAGCGGGUGAGGAGGAGUUCAACACGGUGAAUGUGACGGUCCGGACGGUCAGACCCAAGGCCGUCUCACGGUCUCAACAGCCAUCGCAGCGCAGUCUUAACAGAUCUUAA